GGGCGUUGCCACGUGUAGCGCGAGACUGAGGAACCGGUCGGCGGAAAGUUUAUCGUCCAGAGCUGUGGAAGCUGCUUGAUAAAACGUUUGCGCUUUGUGUGUUUUUAAAAUGCAACUUAUCGCCUUUCUUCAUUAUCUUGUACUUUUUCGCUUGAAUAGUCCUUCGACUGCACUUCGCAGUCUUUCUCAUAUUCAACUCGGAGAUUCCAGGCGUCCGAGGCGAGUGGUUCCGUGCUAGUGUUGCGGUGUCACUUUGCGUCCUGGAGGAUUGACUUCUCAUGAACAUGUUCGUGACCUUGGCAGUUUCUGCUCUUCUGGCGCUGCAAGCGGCAGCGGAGACCCCCGAAGACGCUAGCUGUCAGUAUGCGUGGGCAUCUCUUGGACCGUCUGGAGGUGACCUGCACAUUCAUGAUGGCAAGCCCGGUCAAGGAGCCGUCGCCUGGGGAACCUUCCAGAAUGACAUUCGCUUCAGCGGCUGGGCUUUCCUGGAUCUGCAGUCGAACGCUUCGUAUGCGGAUGACGUCCAGGCGUACGCCUCCGGCGCGGUGGAGGCACACCUCACGCGCGACCUCAUAGAAAAACAUUACAACAACAUGUACAGCCGCUACUGCGAUGGACAGUCUGAGUACUGCGAGAGGCUUUCGAAGUUUCUGCAGGAAAACAUCAAAUACUCCAAUGACCAGGAGCACCUUUAUUAUUCCACGGAUCCUUAUUGGCACAUGGUUCACUUACAGAUGAAACAGCUGGCCGGCUUGAGCGACCACCUCGAGAACAAGGCACUGAACACGUCGAACGAGUACUUGAACGUCACGAGAGCACUGUACCUGAACCUCGAUGGAGACUUGAUGGACCUGGAAGCAUAUCUGAGGAGAGUGGGAGACGAGAACAGCAUCUUCCAGACAAAUGCCUGCUCAGUGCUCAUCAAAGUGCUGCCGGACAACGAAGACAUCCUUUUUGCUCACAACACGUGGUUUUUGUACCGAAGCAUGCUCAGGAUAGAAAAGAAAUACACGUUUCCCUGGCACGUCACAUCGGAGUCAAGCGAAAUUAUUCCUGGUCACACCAUCAGUAUGCCUUCAUACCCUGGGAAGUUGCUCUCACUUGACGAUUUCUAUAUCGCUUCAACUGGCUUGGCAAUUACAGAAACCUCUUUAGAAAACAACAAUGACAGUCUCCGGAACUUGAUUAAACCGGAAAAUGCACCUCUCACCUGGGUUAGGUGUAUGGUUGCCACCAGGCUUGCAGUCACCGGUUCCCAAUGGGUUGAAUACUUUGGGAAAUUGAACAGUGGCACGUUAAACAACCAGUGGAUGGUGUUGGACUACAAGCUGUUCACUCCUGGAGCCGCCAUCGGAAAAGAUACUUUUUGGAUCUUGGAGCAGAUGCCGAAUACAACGAAGACUAAAGAUGUCAGCGAAUAUCUUCAAAAUCAAAAGUACUGGGCAAGUUACAAUAUCCCCUUCCUCCCUGAAAUCUUCAACCUAAGCGGUCAACCCCAACUGGUAAAAAAAUAUGGAAAUUAUUACAGCCAUGACAUGUGUCCUCGGGCACAGCUAUUUAGGAGGGAGCAGGGCAAGGUCGAGGACGUUGACUCCAUGACAGCUCUCAUGAGGUAUAAUGACUACACCCACGAUCCUGUGUCAGGAUGCAACUGCACACCUCCGUACAACGCCAUCUAUGCCAUUUCUUCCCGUUAUGACCUAUUGGAUCCGGAAGGCAGCUAUGACAUGCCAAACAUGGCCCGCAGAGCAGUCGGAGCAACGGAUAUGAAGCUCACCAACUACGGCAUGUCUAGAAGGCUCGAGUUCAUAGCCAUAAACGGCCCCACAUAUACUAACGACAGUUCCGUGCCUCCCUUCCAAUGGAGUACAAGUGGCUUUCAGGAUCUACACGAGGGCCAUCCGGACAAGUGGACAUUCGGGCCCACGCAUCACCGCUGGGAUUCCUGCCCAAACUUCUGAGCGUCGUUUGACAGGCCUUAGGCUCUGGUUAGUUUCCUGCUUUUGAAAACAGAGAUGAGGAGAGUGAAAUAAACACGGUAAAUCAAGCUCAGUUUUAACGCUCUCUGCACUGUAGGAAGUAUACCUUCAACGGCUAUGAAUCAGCAUCAAAAGUUCUAAUAAAAUUUAUGAGAAAAUA